AUGACUAGUGGACCGGUGAUGGAACCCGCUUCAUCCCCUCCCGAGCGCGCGGAUCCUCGUUCAUCCAUUGGGCCAUAUAUCAUCGGAUGUAGCUUCAACUGGCUUCUCAUGGGAACGUUACUCGUCCAAUUAUAUGCUUACGAUAAGGAACGAAAGAGGUUAGGGGAUUCCAGGUGGCUUCGGUCGUUAGUGGUUUUUGUCACUUGCAUGGAUAUAGCUCAGACGGUGGUUACUACGCGUGAUCUUUGGCAUUUUGCCAUUGAUAGCUGGGGGGACUACGAUGCUUUGUCCCAGUUGACAUGGGGCGAAGCCCUUAUUAGUCCCUUCGCUGGUUGUGCUGCCCUUGCGGUACAACUAUUCUACGCCUGGCGUAUAUGGGUAAUCACGCGCAACAGGAUACUAAGGGCUUUCGCAUGUGUCAUUAUCAUGCUGUCUCUAAUGCAGUUUAUCGCGUCCCUACACGGGACUGUUUUUAGUCUCAUAAAAUAUGUGAAACACGACAACCUGUCUUACCUUAGUACCCGGACGGCCAACAUUGAUAUUUACGUCUGGCUUUGUGGAAGUUUCACCGGCGACAUCGUCAUAUCUAGUUGCAUGGUCUGGCUUCUUCAUCGUGCUAAAUCCCAGACAAUCUGGCCGCAGUCCCAGACAUUAUAUGAUCGCCUCAUCAUUCAUUCAGUGCAAACUGGGCUGGUAUCCACUACCGCUGCGGGACUCGUACUGGUUCUUUGGAAGAUCAAUAACCGUUACUACGUUGCGGCAGGUAUCAUCAUAGGAAAACUAUACUCCAACAGUCUCCUAUCUACACUGAACGGGCGCGCCUCUCGUCGUCAGCACAUGGUGCACGACUCUGCCAAGGCCUUCGACCGGCACAACGAGCGUGGCUCCCUCUCGCAGUUGAGGACACCGCAUAUUCAACCAAGCUUGGAGAAUUCUGGCGAUCCAGAGGCUCGCACCUUACGGGAUCUCGGACAUAUCGGCGAUGGGGCUCAUACGACAAGAUCAUCGGCCGUGUGUCCCAAUAUUGACGAGGACCUGGAUGGAGUCUGUAAGGUUAUUCCUGCUAUCAAUGACAUUCGCCAUAUGGCUAGUGCCGAGCAUGUUAUCGAGCUAGCUUCGCUUGCCCGGAGUGACCCACAUGCACAGUCUAGUAUCUACGAUAAGUCCUUCGCUGUUUAG